GCGCGUUCCUUUGCGGACGAGUGACGAGCAUGUAUGUGUUUAUCUGCCUAUCGGUGUGUCGUCGGCAGCGGCUAUUAUUUACCCCCGCCAAGUGUAGUUGGCGUUGUGAUUGACAAGCCCAGUGUGUGUUUGCCUUCGAAACGCGUACAACGUGUGCUGUGUAGAGAACGAAAUAUAAUAAGCGUAAUUUCCAAUUCAUUUUUCCCAAACAAAAAAUCGCAACAAUAACAAAACGAAAAUUCUACUCUACUGUUCGACCUUCUACAACGGUAACGCGUAACGCGAUUGUAACGGAAAAUAAGUACUAUAAUUGGAAAUAUACUGCAUAACGCGUAAAGUAUUAUUUAUUUUAUUAAAUCACAUGUAAAACAAAGAUAAUCUAAUAAUAGUAAAAUAAAAAAAAAAGACUUCAUGCUACGCGGUGCAUGCAAAAUAUUUGGUAUAUAUUCAGCAGAAGAAAAUUUAUUACUGUAGCUGUUGCGCGCCUUUAACGAACAGAAAAAUAAGAACGCCGAACAUUGCACACUUCUGCAUUGCCGUCGCUAGUGGAGCGAUUAGAAUGCAUUAGCAGGACAAUUGCGAAUUGGGCAGGAUUCUGAGGCGGCGAGCGUUGAAACGCACAGGCAGGCGUUGGACAGAGAGUAGUUAGCCAGUUCGUCAGCCGCAAUCAGUUAGUCGGCGUGUAGGUGCGUUCUGCGGAGUGCGCGUGCAUUUGGUGUUUUCUUCAGCUAAUAUUCAAGAGUGCAGCAGCAGGUCGCGCGAGUCAAGCAGUCAGGCAGAUAACUCAGCCGUAAAACACAAAUCAUUUGCAAGUUGCUGCUGCCACUCUACGCGCAAAUGAAACAACAAACGCAAAUUAGAUAGUAAACAAACAAGAAUCAAGUAACACAAAUUUAAAACAGUCUGCCGUGAAUGUGGCGCGUAAAAACAACAACAAUUUGUUUUUGAUUAAUUGCGGUUCAACUCGCCACGCGUAGGUUCUACAAAAAAAAAAAAUAAAUAAAAUAAUAACUGUAGUAUUCAAAUGAAAUAAUACAAAAACAGUCAGAACAGCUUAAGGUGUAUUUGGAUUUUUUAUUUUGAGUGACGCCUUUUGUUUUGAAAAAAUAUAUACUUUUUUUUAAUAUCCUUAUAUAUACUGCAAAUUCAUCCAACAGUUGCAGUAGCAAGAAUUUUUUAAACAAAGUUUGUCCUGAACAUUUUUUUGUUUUUGCUUGAUGUGAAGCCAAAAGUUUGUGUGCAAUUCGAAAACUGUAAGCGCCUGCAGCACUGCGAAACUCCUUCGUCGCGUCAGUUAGUGAAACGCGUCGGUAAUUAGCGUGAAACACGGUUGUCGUCCUAAUCGUCGAAAAAAUCGCGCAAAAGAACUGACGUUUGAUUCGGUGAGGCGAAAAAGUUGUGCAAAAGUUCGUGACAAAUUUCCACAAUUUUAUGUUUAGCAAUCGUAUGUGUUUUGUAGCAAAGCAGAAGUAAUCAUUUUAUACAAAAAUAAGAAGAAGUAGUCCAAAAGUCAAAGGAAAAGCGAGCGUAAGGAAUAGAGAAGAGUAAGCGAAAAUUCCUUUGAAGUUGAUGUCGUAGCGGAAAGCGAGUGAACGUCGAUGAAGCUGUGAUAUUUGUGAGCAUAUACACGCUAACAACAACAACUACUACUAAAACAAGACGAAGAAACAAAACCGCUGAAAUCCAAUUGGGAAUUUUCGCCAGCAAGCAACAACAAGACAAAGAGGCGUUCAUGAAAUUUUACCUACAAAACAAAGCAACUUAACUUUUCCACGGCAACUUUGUAUACGAGCAACUACAACAAGAACAACGACGAGUGUAACAAGCAAAGCAUUGGCGGUACUGGCGGCAAGAAAUACUGUGAAGAACAACUACAAUAAGCAGCUAAUAAUAAGAUAUUUAUGACAGCUGCAACAGUACUACAAAUACACUACAACAAAAUAAUAACAACAACAAGAACAAAAGCAGACAUCAGAACGCAACGGACAGUUGCGAGGAAGCCAAAUGCCAAGCCGCUGAAACAAACCAACCAAUCCCGAAGCAAUCAAGUAUACUAAAACACAAAAUUAUAUACGAGCCCUUAGCGCUAAACAAACAAAUAAAAAGAAGUAUAAAAAUUAAAGUAAAAAUAAAAAAUUAUUAUAAAUUUAUAAAAUACACAAAAUUAUUCCACAACUACAUAUACAAACAAGCAUUGUAUACGAUUUUAAAAAUUAAAUAACUAUAAAGUACACUUUAAGAACAAGAAAAGAGGAAUAAGUUAGAAAAAAGCAGCAACAAUUACACAACAAUCAACUGCAAUACAAAUAUAAAAAGCGGAAAGUAUAUUUAACAAAUAUUUUACUUGCAACAAUUACAAUUCGUUUCGUCGCGUUUUACCGUCGCGUGUGUCGCUUAACAAAGUAACCAAAAAUAAAAACACAAAAAUAAAUCUAAUCAUUCUUUCCAACCACAAAAAUAUUGCAAACAAAUGUGCCUGUUGUGUUGAAGUAAAAAAAAGAAGCAAAGUGAACCAAACUGAAGAAGAAAAAUUGUCUAGAAAUUCAUGCAUACAUAGUUGCUGCCACAUGAAUACAUGCAACUAAGGAGACGUAUGAAAACUGCAGUGAAGUGUUCCUAAAAUUACAAAAACAAAUAAGAAAAAAAUUAAAAAAUACUAUAGAUAAGGAGCGUACAGUGGACUUGCGAGCCAGCCACACAGCAAAGCCCGCACCCACCAAACUCAACACCUCACCCGGAAACCCACAACUCAGCAAACGUUGCACAGCGUGUGCUGCUUGCAAAAGUGGCACAGGUCGGGCUGGACAUCGCUCCCAGAGCAUUAAUGGCUCAACCUAGGUAUGACGAUGGCCUGCAUGGCUAUGGUAUGGACUCGGGUGCUGCAGCAGCUGCCAUGUACGAUCCACAUGUCGGACAUCGGCCGCCCGGAUUACAAGGCCUCCCCACGCAUCAUUCACCGCACAUGACACACGCUGCUGCGGCGGCGGCAACAGUUGGCAUGCAUGGCUACCACACUGGCGCUGGUGGCCAUGGUACACCUAGUCAUGUAUCACCGGUUGCUAAUCACUUGAUGGGCGCAAUACCCGAAGUGCAUAAACGUGAUAAGGAUGCGAUCUAUGAACAUCCACUAUUCCCGCUCUUGGCGCUAAUAUUUGAAAAAUGUGAGCUGGCCACAUGUACGCCCCGAGAACCCGGCGUGCAAGGUGGUGAUGUCUGUUCGUCAGAAUCAUUCAAUGAAGAUAUAGCAAUGUUCAGCAAACAGAUACGAUCACAGAAACCCUACUACACAGCGGAUCCCGAAGUCGACUCACUGAUGGUGCAAGCAAUACAAGUACUUCGGUUUCACCUUUUAGAGUUAGAAAAAGUGCAUGAAUUAUGCGACAAUUUCUGUCAUCGAUACAUCUCAUGUUUAAAGGGUAAAAUGCCAAUAGAUUUAGUGAUUGACGAACGGGACACCACCAAACCACCAGAAGUAGGUUCAGCUAAUGGUGAAGGAAGAAGUAAUGCCGAUUCGACAUCGCACACCGAUGGAGCUAGUACACCAGACGUUGUGAGUACCCCCUUCGCGGGAGCACAUGGUCCUAUAUUGGCGAGCUACAAUGCGGUGGUGCACCCAUGUUCGUAGUACGAUAACGACCUUCUUGCAAAAACGAAGCGGGUGCUCACAAUGCCCUGGGAUUAAAUUAAAUUAAAAGAAAAAACAUGAUAAUAAUAACUAUAAAAAGUAAAGUAAAAUAAAAAAACUUAAAAAGAUCCGUACUAAUAAAAUCUAAAUGAAAACGAAUAAUGCCAAAAAAAAAUUGCAAAACUUCGAAAAAGCAUAAAAACAAAUUCAAGAAAGUCAGAAAUAAGGAAAAAACAUGGCCACAAGCAAAAUUGUAAACUAAUAACUCAAGAACUUAUUAAACAAAAAACCAAUAGUAAAGAAACCCACACCGCAACAACAACAACAGCAAACAAAUUCAUAAGGCGUUACGCACACGUAUAGUAAAACAAAGAAAAAUGGAAAUGGGCAGCCAAAAAAUAUAAAAUUCAAACGCUCAAAAGCAUGAAAAGCUCAAACCAAAAUUUAUCUAAACAAACGAAUGCACGAACAAACGAACGCAUGCACAAACUAGCCGCCAAGCGCCACAGCAACAGCAACAACAGCAACUGAGCAACAUUGCCGCAGCAACAUUCUUCCACUGGUGGAUAAAUGUCCCAGCAGCUAAAUAAUAAAAAAUGAUUUUGUUUCUAUUUCUGUUUUGACAACUGGCAGGAAUGAGUAGCAAUUUGAAAAGAGAAAAUUGCGGCAUUGCCAAGCGCAAAAUUCAUAUGUACAUACAUAAAUCAGCAAUAACUAAAAUAAUUGCACCAAAAAUAUGCAACUAUGCAAUGUAAAUAAUAGUAAACAUAUAAAAUAUGUAAUUUUGAAAGCUGUUAGUUGCAAAUUAAAAUCAAAUCGUUUGCUGCUGUUGCUGACGCCGUCGCAGUGGCAAACGCAGACGCAGUUGUCGCCGUCGAUGCCUCCGCUGCCGUACCAUCGCUGUCAUUGCCAUUUUUUAUUGUCACUAUACGUGGGUGCAACAUCGCCAGAUCAACACCAACAAAUGAAAACAAAGAAAAACAACAGUAACGCAAAGCACUUUGCGCAAAACACCAACAACAAUUGCCAAAUAGAAAAGCAAACAAAAAUAGAAAAAUCAAAAUAAAACCAAAUGCAAAUGCAAACGCAAACGCAAAAGCAAAGAACAGUGAAUUUGUUUGUUGGCGGCCAGCACAAUCUGCUGCGUUGCAGCAUUGUUGCUAGCAACAUGUGUGAGUGAAAUAUGUUCAUUCAUGCUUGUUGCAAGCAGCGGUGUUUGCAGCGUUGCGGGUGCGCGCUGGCAGCGGUGGGAUUCAAAUGAAUUUGUGUAAAUACCACAUAAGAAAAUUUUGCAUUACAAUAACAAAAUCCGUAAUAAUUAAUAUUAGUUUUGUUCAUUGUUUUUUGCAAAAACUAUUGUAAAAAAAGAGUUUUAAAUUUAAACAAAAAACUACAAAAUACAUUUGUAAAAAGUUUCCCAAUAACAACCAGUUAAAAGUAAUAAGUAAAAGAGCAAGAAGAGGAAAAUACAAUUUUUAACACAAAGGUACCACAACUAAAACAAAAAUGUUAAACCAAUGCCAGGGUUAUUGAGUAAAAAGUUUUGAAAUGAAUGCGAAUGCGCAAACGCAAUAAAAUGCAAUGAAAAUUUGAAAGAAGCGCAUUGAAGAGCACGGAAAAGUGAGAAAAAGUACUUCGUUUUUGCAAGAGGCCCAUAUAGCUCGCCAAUAUAUAUAUAUUUAUAUAUAUAUGUUUAUAUAUAUGUAUAAAGUAAUAUAUAUAUAUAUAUGUACUAUUCUAUAUGAAUAUAUUAUUACAAAAGAUUUAUAUAUACCAACCAACUAUAAAUACAUACCUAUAUAUUUGCAUAUAUUAAAUUUUAUUUCAACUAAUACUAAAGAUUUAAACUAAAUUAUUUAUAUAAAUACAUUAGUAAACUAUUUACCGCCGCCUACCGCCCAUUACAGCACGAACCCAAACGGAAAUUAAAAGAACAAUUGCGGUAUUCACAGUACAAUUGUCUAAAGGUAUUAUAUGAAUUGCGUAAUUUCAAUUGUCAGCAAGCGCAAAGUGCCACUGAUUUUUAGCGGCAGCCACCUUUACUUCCUAAGUAUUUUGCUUGAGUUCAAAAUUGAUUUUUUUGUCGAACAGAGUUUGUCGAAAACACUCCACACUGUGAAUACCGCCUUUGACUUACUUUCGAUUUCCACAAUAUUCCUUUCGUUAUGCGGAGGUGUGUCUUUAAUUUCAAUAAUUUUCAUACCUAUGUAUAUAGUUGAAGCGUACGCGCCCAAAUCGGCAUUAUGUGCUGAGCAGUUUUUUUUUGGCGCAGACAAUAUUGAAAAUUCCUACUUUUAUUUUCACCACGAACUUGAAAUUAGCUCGACAGUAAUCUUUCGUUGCUUGUUCCCUUCCCACUGUUUUCUCCAACAUAAAACAAUUAAAAAUAAAAAAAUGUAUUUCCAAAUGCAACUCAGGAUACGGCGAACCAGCAGCAGCUGCAACAACAUUUCACGCCCUUGGAGCAGACUUAUGCGAGCUAUCACAUCAAAAAUGAGGCGGAUUUUUAGUGAGUUUGCGUUAAGAGACGACAAGCGGAAUUUUGUUUUUUUUUUUUAAAACAUCUCUUUGAGUAGUUAACAAUUUUGGGAUUAAGGGCUUAUACAGUAACUUUGCUUAGAAGAAAAAAUGAAAUGAAAUAAUUCAGCUGUAUGAUGCAAAAAUUGCAGCAACCUAAUUUAAUGCGCAGCUGAACUACAGAAAACGGUUUGCAGUCGAACAAACAAUGUAUUGAGCAGUUGUUGCAUUUUUAGGCCAAACAUUUUAACGAGCGCGCAUACGACUGCCGAACGAAGCGCUUUUAGCUGCCGCUUUAGGAGUAACGAGCUUAGCAUCCAUACAGUUGCACAAAAACUCGUGAUGACCAGCUAAUCAACUCGAUUAAAUUUUUUUAAAUUAAAUGUUGCAAACAGUGGGCGGCGUAACUUUUCAAGGGAUGGGUAGAGAACAUUACUUCCAAACAGAAACAAAAAAAUGCAUAUAUAUAUACUUCAAUCACUAAUACUACUACGAUUUCUACCCCUACUACAAAAACUACUGUACACAACGGAUAUACGUAAUAAUUUGUAAUGACUGAGAAUAUAAGUAACUAAAUAAAAAAUUAAAAACCAUAUACGUAAAGAAAUAACUGAAAAUUAACAAAUAUAUAUAUAUAUAUAUACAAAGUCUAAUGUAUAUUGUGAGCGAAGGUCUAGUUUAUAGUCAAUAGCAGAGGGCAGUACGUGAAGGAGCAUACUUAGGCAAGCGUUUAGUGUAACUGUAAACAGAUAUACGUAAAAAUGCACUGAGCGCAAUUUUUUUUUUCUUUUUGUUUUUUUUUUUGUUUCUUUGUUUUUUCUUGGCUUGAGUACGAUUAGUCGGUUUACAACUAGUUGAAGGCAAAAGGAAAUAUUUUGUAAAAUAGCAACAGCAACUUGAGAAAUUCAAGUUAAUUUAAAAUAAUAUUUAAGGCAAAUAAUACAAUAUAUAUAUAUAUUUACAAACUAAACUUUAAUAACAGAGGGAAACUAGAAGCGGUGAAAAUGUUAGUGUUAAUUUAAUUUUGAAUAAUAUUCCUUUGAAAAGAAGUAAAAUAAACUCAUAAUACGUAAUUAAACAAAACAAACAAAUAAAAGUAAAUGUAGGUGAAAGUAAAACACUAAAACACAAAGUAUACGAUUUUUCUUAAGGAAAAUUAAAAAACAAGCUGUUAUACGAUUUCAAAAACACAUACAUACAAACAUACCAUUCAUGUCCUUAACUAACACUCAUACAAGCGCACUAACAUACACAUGCUCAAAUUGCUGAAUUGUCUUUUUAUUUUUUUUAUUCUUUUUUUGGCUUCUUAUUUCAACUUAACUUUAUUCCCCACUUGUUUUUGGCUUUUCAGCAUUUUUUGCAACUUCUCUUGCCCAUACGAAAUUUUCCUAAUUUUCAUGCAUAUUUUUCGUAAUCUUAAUAAACUUAUGCUUCAUUUUUAAACUUGCCAAUAUUGCAUAAACAAUUUUCUUUCACUACGAACAAAUUCACCAACAAAAUUUAUUACAACCGACAGUGCUGUUCAAAAAAUGCGACCAUUUAUACGUAAUAUACUGCAACAAAAAAAAAAACAAAACAAAUAAAAAAAAAUUAUAAAAUGUUUAUAGUAGUGUAAAUGUUAUUUAAUACAUAACGAAAACCCAAGUUAGUGUGAAUAAAAUGGAAAAAAACCUAAGUUCAAAUGAAAGUAUACGAAAUGAUUUUUAUUUUUUUAUUAAAUUUAACUAUUACUUUAGAGUGUUGAAUUUUAAUAUAUGAUAGAAAGAGGAGAGGAAAAUAUACAUACAUAUAUACGAAAACUUACUAACAUUAAACUUCUAAUUCAUAAAUACAACAUAGCAUACAAGCAAACACACACAGACACACACAUUUAACAGACAAAUAAACUAUACUAAAUACUAUUCCUAUGCUUAGCUUGUCCCGUCAAGGCUGCGCAGUGUAGCAGAGCUGGGCAUGAGUAAACCCUACCUACUAUGUACAUUGUGACUUCAACUACAACUUUAAAUUCAAAAAACAAAAAAUUAAAAAAAAAAAAUCUUUGAACCUUAAACUAAAGUAACGGCGAAGUGGUAUAAGAGGGGCAGCAUGAGGAGUAUCCGGAAGCAAUGAAUUUCAGAAAAUUGAGUUUUGUGUGAGGAAAGCAAGCAUAUUUUUUAACUUUACAUUUUGCGAUGCAUGUGAAAAUGUAUUAAGUAGCGAGCUUUAAGCUUUUAAGCACGCCUUUUCAAAUAUCAAAUCGUUGAUGAAUAGGUAGAGAAAUUCAAAUAUUGGCACUUUUUCAAGCAAGUUCACCAAAUUAGAGGUCUUCAAUGUGUUUACAUCGAAAACGCGCUGAAAUUGCAAUCAAACUGCCUUAGAACUCCAAUACAGAAAUUCGAAAUUUUUGAAAAAAAUUUUAAAUCGGAAUUUGAAAGUUAGUUAGUAUGCGUCUUCCUGCAGGUAAUAACUCGUAUAUUAUAAAAUUUUUUAUGUAAAAUGUAGCUAUGCGUGUCAAGUCGGCAUAUGUAUACACACAUGUAUGUGUAUUUGUAUAUAGAAAUCGCGUAAAAACUGUGAGACGCAUGGGUACUGAAAGACUGAAAAACCACCCACGCAUGAAAAUUUCAAAGCCUACUUGGCGUAUAGUUCCAAUUAUCUUCUGCAAGUUUAGCAAAUUGCUCCCUCUCUCUCUCUCUCUGUCUCUUUCUUCCUCUACAUCUUCCAACAUACAGCGUCGCACUCUCGCUGUUAAGCUUUCAUUCAUUUUGCGGCGAAAGCGUUAUACUGUUUGCCUUCAACUUAUUAUGAAAGCUCCGUACUGCUUUUCGUAUUUCAACUCAUGCCCCCCUCUAUUGCCACAUGACCUUUAAGAAAAUGUAUACAUAACUACUAUCUUGUUCUUUCGCUUCUAAAUACGUACUUAAUAUGAUUCCAAUAUGGAAAAUUCAAAACUCACACAAGAAAAUCGAAAGGACAAUGAACUAUCUCUGUACGUACUAACUAUAAAUCUAGAAUACUUAUUAUUAUUAUACAUAUAAAUACAAUAUUUUUUUUCUUUGCUUCAAUUGUAAAGCUAUAUGGGCAUUGGAAGCAACAACAACAAAUACUACAAUAUAAAGCGUUGAAAAUUAAUAGAAUUAAUGGAAAAGCAACUAUCUAAGAGAAUUUCAAAACUUUUCUAGCUGAUGAUAGUAGCAACUUUUGAAAUGCAACAAAAUUUUUUAAUAUAGUAAAACUUGUAUACGUUUUUCUUUAACUUACGCGUAAGUAAAGCAAAAAAUUAAUUAUAAAUAGGCGUGAAAGGAGUGAAAAUUAAAAUAGCUGGUAAAGGAAAUAGUUGUUGUACUUUUUUGUCAUACAAAUAUGUAAAAAAACUAAAAUGAAAAUAAUAAUAAAGCACAAGUGCGACUGAUUUUGUUGAAGCACAGAACCUAAGCGCGUUUGUGCUGUUUGUAAAAUAUUUAAUAAUAAAAAAAAGAAUUAAUAAAUAAAAACUGGAUUAUAAGCAAAUAGCAACGGAUAGAAUUAUUAAAAUAUGUUAUGAACUAAUAAAGUAAUUUUCCUAUUUUAAUUUUUAACUAAAUCGUGGCAAACUGUGUUCGCUAAUUAAUGAAAAAUAGUAAUACAAAUGAGUUGAGCAAUGAACACAGUGAAAAUGAUUUUCCAAAAGCUUUGCUAUGUUGAAAUUCAAUUUUUUAAGUGACCUAAAUACUUAAUAAUUACUGUAUUAUUUUUAUUAUCAGAAAAAAGGAAAAAAAAAUAUUAUUGGCAUGCAGAAAUUCUGUUCACUAUUUGUUAUUCUGUUAAAUAAGAAAUUCCAAAAACAAAAAAAAAAAAAAUUGAAGUUUUAAAAGGUAUUGAGAUACGAGCAUAAGAAAAUCAGAAUGAGGAGGAGGAAACGUUGAUAUCGCAACUGAAAUACGUAAUUUGCUUUAGGUGAUAUAUAUAUUAUUAAAGCUUAAUUAAUUGUCUAAUAAAAAAAUUA